GGUUCCUCUCCUCCCCUCCCCCCUUUCCCUCUCUCUCUCUCUUCCUCUCUAUAGCACUUAUGGCUCACUGAACGUAGGACCACAUAAUCCUAUAACCUUGCUUCGCGGCCAACGACGCCGGCGACGAUGAGCUCCAUCACCUCGGCUGAAUUGAAUUACCUCGUUUUCCGUUAUCUACACGAAUCAGGUUUUACACAUUCAGCUUUUUCUUUAGGAUAUGAGGCUGGUAUCAACAAAUGUCCUAUUGAUGGGAAUAUGGUUCCACCUGGGGCUCUUAUUACAUUUGUACAAAAAGGACUUCAGUUUGUGGAGAUGGAAGCAAACUUGAGUAAUAGUGAUACAGAUGUGGAUGAUGAUUUCUCAUUCCUACAACCUUUGGAUCUUAUCACAAAGGAUGUGCACCAACUGCGUCAAAUGAUAAGAGAGAAAAAGAGAAAUCUACAGAAGGAGAAAGAUAAAGAAUCUGACAAGGAGCAUGAAUUAGUAAGAGCGAGAGUAAGAGAAAAGGAAAGACUAGAAAGACAAGAAAGGCAAGAAAGGCAAGAAAGACAAGAAAAGCAAGAAAGGCAAGAAAGACAGGAAAUACAAGAGAGGCAAGAAAGGCAAGAAAGACAAGAAAGGCAAGAAAAGGAGAAGGAACGUGAAAAGGAGAAGGAACGUGAAAAGGAUAAGGAUAGGCUAGAAAAGGAUAAGGAGCGAGAAAAGCAGCAUGAUGAUCACAUUGAUACAGAAAUGACUACAGAUCAAGAAGAUGUAGUAACUGUCAAACAUGAUGAAAAUGGAGUUUCUGGAGGACCAGAACCAAUGGAUGUCUCCACAAGUUCAACAUUUCAGGCCUGUGAAAUUCCAAGUUCUGAUGUGACAAUCCUGGAAGGGCAUACUUCUGAGGUUUGUGCUUGUGCAUGGAGUCCGGCUGGUUCACUUCUUGCAUCGGGGUCGGGAGAUUCAACAGCUCGAAUUUGGACAAUUGCUGAUGGGACCUGUAGAUCUAGUGUGCAAAAUGGUCCUUCAAAUGUACUGGUGCUGAAGCAUGUUAAAGGUAGAACAAAUGAGAAAAGCAAAGAUGUCACCACGCUUGAUUGGAAUGGGGAUGGGACAUUGCUUGCAACAGGGUCCUAUGAUGGACAAGCAAGAAUUUGGAGUACAAAUGGUGAACUAAGGAGCACUUUGAGCAAACACAAAGGACCUAUAUUUUCUCUAAAGUGGAAUAGAAAGGGUGAUUAUCUUCUAACUGGAAGCUGUGAUAAAACUGCCAUUGUGUGGGACGUGAAGACAGAGGAAUGGAAGCAACAAUUUGAAUUUCAUGCAGGUCCAACACUUGAUGUCGACUGGCGAAAUAAUGUUUCUUUUGCGACCAGCUCCACAGACAAUAUGAUAUAUGUUUGCAAAAUUGGAGAAAACCGUCCUAUUAAAACUUUUUCUGGCCAUCAGGGUGAAGUGAAUUGUGUCAAAUGGGAUCCAACAGGACAAUUGUUGGCCUCUUGCUCUGACGAUAUCACUGCGAAGAUCUGGAGCAUGAAGCAGGAGAAGUAUCUUCAUGAUUUAAGGGAACAUGCUAAGGAGAUAUAUACUAUCAGAUGGAGUCCCACUGGUCCAGGUACAAACAAUCCUAACCAGCCGUUGGUGCUGGCAAGUGCAUCGUUCGAUUCAACAGUGAAGCUAUGGGAUGUGGAACAAGGGAAACUUCUUUGCAGCUUGAAUGGCCACAGGGAUCCAGUAUACUCUGUUGCAUUUAGCCCAAAUGGUGAAUACUUGGCUAGUGGAUCUCUAGAUAGAUCCAUGCACAUCUGGUCAUUGAAAGAAAGAAAGAUUGUGAAGACAUACACUGGCAACGGGGGCAUAUUUGAAGUCUGUUGGAAUAAGGAAGGUGACAAGAUUGCUGCCUGCUUCGCCAACAAUACAGUAUGUGUUUUGGAUUUUAGAAUGUAGGGACUUGAGAAUACUCCAGAUUAUGUUGAAAUACAGGGUUACUCUUUCGGUACUUGCUGGAAAGGUAAGCCAGUUUGUCGGUCCUAGAGUUCCAGCCAAAGGAAAAAAGAGUUAGGGGAAAUGGGGGGAGGGGGUUGGUGUUUGGUUGGGUAGGAUUUUCAUUUUUACAGUAGAUGAAGGUGUAACCGAAUUUAACUUUAUGUUGUUUGACUUCGUUAGUUGAUAGUUGUUAAUCGCUUUGAAUGAGAUACAUUGCUACUAAUUUGUACAGAUUUACUUUAAUGAGAAACAUGAUUCAAGACUUCGUAUUUGAAAGAUA